UAAAUGCAACAAGAUUCAGUCCGUCAGUCCUAUUCCUAGCUCAUAUCAAUUCCGUCCGAGCAGACAAGAAGACUCUACGAACUUAAUUAGUCGCUUCAUUCGGAAACAAAAGCAACAAACAGCAUGAAGCCAUCUACGGCUCGUCUUCUCGCGGCCGCAGCGCUCGCCGCCGUCCUCGCGCUGGCGAGCGGGGUCGCCGACGCAACGGUGGUGACGACGUGCAAGGCGGCGGCCGGCAGCGACGGGCGCGUGGACUACGACUUCUGCGUGGCGGAGCUGGGCAAGCACCACGACAGCCCCAGCGCGGACACCUGGGGCCUGGCCAAGGUGGCAGCCCUCACGGGCGUCGUCGACGCCGACAACGCGGUCUACGACAUCAAGGAGCUGCUGGCCAAGGACGGCGCGGACGCCAGGACGCAGGCGGCGCUGGCGCGGUGCCAGGAGCUGUACGACAGCAUGGGGUUCGCCUUCGCCGAAGCGCAGGACGACAUCAACAACCGCGACUACGCCGCCGGGAAGGAGAAGGCCGGGGAAGCCGCGUCUCUGGCGCACCAGUGCGACGACGCCUUUGCCCAGGCCGGUGUCCCGUCGCCGGUCACGCGGCACAGCUCCUACUCGGUGCAGAUAGCGGUUGUCUGUACGGCUAUUACCAACCUCAUCCAGUGAAGAACGUCUAAAACUUGGGGAUACUACGUGUGUAAAAGUAGUACGUGCUACUAAAAGAGUGUGGUUUACCUUUAAGAAAAGAGUGUGGUUCACUUUAAUAUCGACGUCUUAUUAGGGUACUCGCAUGUUUUGAGUCUCAUCUUUUUUUCCUUUUUCUGUUUGCAUCCUGAGCAAUAUCUAUGUAAGGUACUUCCUCGUCUGAGAAUAUAAAGCGCGUUAAUCUUCUAA